AUACAUGCAUAGCAAAUAGCAAUAAUGUAAUGCAAAAAUAAAGGAUCUGUUUUGGAGUAAGGUAUAUUGCUCCUUAUGGAGGAUGUUUUGCUAUAUUGCUUUGCACAAAAGGUUACCUUAUCCAAAAAGAAAGUCCAAAGUUUAUGACCAUUAUAUUGGUAAUGCUAAGGUAGGACCUUGAAAUAGAUAAGAAUCUGGAAUAUAAUGAAUCCAUGACAAAAAGAUUUCCAUUACUUGACUCUGAAGUUUCUUCAUCCUAAAAGAAAUCUUAAAAAUUAUGCUUCUAUAUGUUCAUCUCCUCAAAUACCUCAAGGGUCGUGUUCUAUUCUCAUUCCCUCAAUCGUAUCGUAAUACCUUUUUUUUCUUCUUCAAUGGAACGUGAAGAGGGAAAACAAUCUUCCGAAAAAAAUCCAUACACUGAACUUGAGGAAGUUAGCUCUGAUUUUGUUCUAGCAAUUGGCUUGCAAGAACAAGAGUUAGAGAGAACAACAUUCACAAACCUAGCAACCAUUGAAAGUGAAAGUGACGAAGAUAUAAGUGACUCCUCUUUUAGUAAUGAUGAUAUUGGUGAUGCUGAUUUUUCAUUUAGUCAGGAGUUCGAAACCGAUCUUCAGUUUGUUGAAGAUGAAGGAAGCAAUAUUGAUGAUGAUGAUGAUUAUGAAGACGAUGAAAUGGAGUUGGAAGAAGAUGAGGUUGAUCCAGAUGAAUUAUCCUAUGAAGAGUUGAUUGAAUUAGGAAACUUCAUAGGAGAAGAGAAGAGGGGAUUACCAGCUAAUGAAAUCUCUUCUUGCUUACACCCUUAUACUUCCAAAAUUGCUGAAAGCACAAGUGGAAUAGAUCGUUGUGUGAUUUGUCAGAUUGAAUAUGAAGAAGGUGAAUCCUUGGUUGCACUUCAUUGUGACCAUCCUUAUCAUACAGAUUGUAUAAGCAAGUGGCUUCAAAUUAAGAAGGUUUGUCCAAUUUGUAGCAAUGAAGUAUCAACAACCAACAAAGCUAAGAACACUUGAUGAAUGAUUUGGCUUUUAGAUAUUGUUGAGUAUAUAUAUUCAAGUUACUUGUAAUCUUCAUUUGAAUGAAAAACUAUAGUUGAAAAUAAAUAAUAUAGAAGCUUUGGAUCAUUACAAACAAUAUCACCAACACACUAAAUUCCUCAUUGUCAAUUCCAAAUUCUCAAUUGUAAAUUCAUUUGAAUAAUUUAAGUGUUGUUCAAGUUUUAUUAUGCCA